AUGUUGCGCCGCCGCACUGGCAAGGAUGACGCCCCUCCAUCCAACGACAAUACCAGCCGGUCCAUCCGAGACAAGGAGGAGGAAGAGAAGCUUCGAGCCGAGUUCGAGGGCGCCAAAGUCAAGCAGUUGGUAAUUAAGCCGCGCAGCAAGCGUCGAAAUGGUUUUAUUUUCGUGCUGGGUGGCCUCUUUGGUGUUUUUAUCGCCCUAUUCUUCGCCAAUCAACAGGAGGUGAUCAACCUGGACGGGUUGAUGGAUCUGAAUAUCGAUACCCUGAUCGAUGUAAUCCCCCAAGGCAUCGUGCGAGAUGCGAAAGAGUUCUCGAUGCGACAGCAACAUGAACGCGAUGCCGUCAAUUACGAUUCCUUUGCCGUCGGACUACACCUUCAAUCACAAGGCGUUAAAGCUAAGCAUCCUGUUGUUAUGAUCCCUGGCGUCAUCUCUACCGGUCUCGAGAGCUGGGGAACUGGAGAUACCUCCCGGCAGUACUUCCGGCGACGACUAUGGGGCAGUUGGAGUAUGAUGCGGGCCCUGGUGAUGGACAAGGCAGAAUGGAAGAACCAUAUCAUGCUGGAUCGAAAGACAGGUCUUGACCCGCCGGGAGUCAAGCUGCGUGCGGCGCAAGGUUUCGACGCUACUGACUUCUUUAUCACGGGCUACUGGAUCUGGAAUAAGAUCUUGGAAAACCUGGCGACAAUUGGAUAUGACCCGACCAACGCUUUUACCGCCGCCUACGAUUGGCGACUAUCGUAUCUCAAUCUCGAGAUCCGCGAUCAGUACUUCAGCCGCCUGAAGUCUUAUAUCGAGACGGCCGUCCAAGUUCAGGGCGAAAAGAUCACCCUUACAUCUCACAGUAUGGGCUCGCAGGUGGUGCUCUAUUUUUUCAAGUGGGUUGAGAGCGAAGAAUAUGGGAAAGGUGGAAAGGACUGGGUCAACAAGCACAUUGAUUCGUGGGUCAACAUCAGUGGCUGCAUGCUCGGUGCCGUCAAGGGACUGACUGCCGUGCUCUCCGGCGAGAUGCGUGAUACAGCUCAACUCAAUGCCUUCGCUGUGUAUGGCCUUGAGAAGUUCCUCUCGAAAGAGGAACGGGCGGAGAUCUUCCGCGCAAUGCCAGGUAUCUCCAGCAUGCUCCCUAAAGGCGGCGAAGCCGUCUGGGGCAAUUCCACCUGGGCGCCGGACGACCAGCCUGGUCAAUCUAUGAGUUUUGGAAACCUUCUGAAUUUUCGGGAGACCAACUCGUCUUGGACGAGACGCAACCUAACUUCGUCAGAGAGUCUGCAGUACCUCUUCGACCAAAGUGAAGAUUGGUAUAAGAACCAGCUACUCGCACGGGUGGCGCAUACCACCCGUGAGGUCGAGGCCAACGAAAAGAAUCCACGUACAUGGUUGAACCCACUCGAGGCUCGACUCCCGCUCGCGCCUGAUAUGAAGAUCUACUGCUUCUAUGGCGUUGGCAAACCCACCGAGCGCAGCUACUUUUACCAAGAGGAGCGCGAUCCCCAAACAAAGCUGAACGUUAGCAUAGACACAACUGUCACCCUCAACGACGAUAUCGACCGUGGAGUAGUUAUGGGUGAGGGUGAUGGCACAGUCAACCUUCUCAGUACAGGAUACAUGUGUGCCAAAGGCUGGCGCAUGAAACGAUACAACCCAGCCGGGUCCAAGAUCAAGAUCGAUUCUCCCCCCCGCGGUGGACCUAAUACUGGCGACCACGUCGAUAUCCUUGGUCGUGCCUCUCUAAAUGACCUGGUUCUCCGCGUCGCCGGCGGCAAAGGCGACCAGAUCGAAGAAACAUUUUUCUCUAAUAUCCGCGAGUAUGCGGAGCGCGUACAGAUCUUUGACGAUGAAUAG